AUGGAGGAAGAUAUGGAGGGGGAUGAGGUUGUUGAGCUGAAGUCAGAGAUAACAAAGGAGGUGGAAAAUAUUGAGAAGAAUUACUCUAUUCUUCAUGAUAAGGUUGAUGCCAUUGCUGAUGCGAUCACGAAGCUUGUGGAGUAUAACACUUCAUUCUCAAUCAAUUUUGAUGCCAAGUCAGAUAAAGAUUCUAAAGUGUUUGAAAAGUUGGAUGAGUUUUUGGGAAGCUUAAAAGAGUCUAUGUCGAAGGUUGAUCUUUCUCAACAAUCUUUUGUCCCUUAG